AUGGCAGAGAGAGAGGAGCGGAAAGCAGGACAUCCAUUGGCACCAGCCAAUGGUCAUGCCCGAAGCGAUGAAGAGGCACAGAAAGAAGAGGCCGAAGAGCUUCGCCUCAAAAAACGCAAGAAGCGUUUGAUUUUUUUUGUAAUAUUCACUGUGUCACAGAUCGUUAUGGGAAUUGUGUUUGGUCUAACCAUAAUGAAAGUUAAAACUCCCAAGUUUCGGGUUAGGUAUGCCACAUUCGAGACCAUUAAUGUAACAAGCCCUUCAUUUCACAUGAAGAUGUAUGCUGAAAUUGGGGUCAAGAAUCCUAAUUUCGGUCCCUAUAAAUUCCACAACACCACUGUUAAUUUCUACUAUGGAGAAACACUGUUUGGGAGUGCUAAUAUUCCCAAGUCGAAAGCCGGUUUGAAAACAACCAAGAAGUUUAAUGUUACAGUGGACCUUAUCGCACCGACUAGCCUAGCGAGCAAUUCACAAUUUGCAAAUGAAGUAAGUUCAGGGUUGUUGCCUCUGAGAAGCCAAUCUAAUUUGAGUGGUAAAGUGGAGCUAAUGUUGAUAAUGAAGAAGAAGAAGUCCAUCCAAAUGAAUUGCACCAUGGAUGUCAAUAUCAAGUCACAACAGCUCCAGGAUCUCAACUGCAACUGA